GACAGCAGAGAGCCGGAGAGCAGGGAGAGGGAGCAGUGCGGCUGCAGGAGGCGCGGCGCUUUGCAGUGUUCUGGUCUGAGUCGAUCAGCUGCCGCUAACUUUGUCCGCGGUUCGUUAAAAGUUUCCUGCGCAGCUGAAACUGUGACCUGUGACCUGUGUGGGAUUACUCUGCUGAUAUAUUCGGAGUGACCUUGCGCUGCUUCUCUCGCGCUGCUCCUCUCACGCUGCCGAGCUUAAUGUCAGCUGCCUGAACUGCGGUGGGUUUUAGAAAGAGCUGCCAGCAGGCUGCCCGUACUGCGGUGGGUUUUAGAAAGAGAGCUGCCCGUACUGCGGUGGGUUUUAGAAAGAGAGCUGCCAGCAGGCUGCCUGUACUGCGGUGUGUUGUAAUCAGACUGGGGCUUUCAGUUGGACGCGCAGGUUUCCUCCUCUUGCCGGUAUCAUGGUGGAACAGACCUCUUUCACUUCUUAUUGGCCUCUCAUCCGAUUCCUGCUUCCUCUCGCAAUUACCAACAUAGCCAUCGAUUUCGGAGAACAGGCUCUGAACAGAGGAAUCGCCUCAGUAAAGGAGGACCGUGUGGAGAUGCUGGCCAGUUAUGGACUGGCCUACUCUCUGAUGAAGUUCUUCACUGGACCCAUGAGUGACUUUAAGAGCGUUGGGUUGGUGCUCGUCCACAGCAGGAGGGACAGAAACAAGGCCUUGCUCUGUAUGGCUGUGGCUGGUACCAUAGCCAUGAUCCUCCAUAUCCUCAUAGCUUACACAGAUCUGGGAUAUUACAUCAUCAACAAGCUCCACCAUGUGGACGAAUCAGUCGGCGGCAAGACGCGAAAGGCCUUCCUGUACCUCGCAGUGUUCCCCUUGCUGGACUCCAUGGCGUGGAUUCACUCUGGCAUCCUUCUAAAGCACAAAUACAGCCUGCUGGUGGGCUCUGCCUCCAUCUCGGACGUUGUAGCUCAGAUCGUGUUUGUGGCGAUUUUGCUCCAGAGUAACCUGGAGUGUAUUGAACCUUUGCUCAUCCCCAUCCUGUCUCUGUACAUUGGAGCGCUGGUGCGUUUUACCAUCGUGGGACUGGGCUACUACUGCAACAUCCACGACACCUUCCCUAAGUCCAGCAGCCAGGAAGUGGGGGGCAAUACCAGCGUAAAGAAGAUGUUGAAUUUCUGGUGGCCACUGGCUCUCAUUCUUGCCACCCAGAGGAUCAGCAGACCUGUCGUCAACCUCUUUGUGUCCAGAGACCUCAAAGGAAGUGCUGCCGCAACGGAGGCUGUAGCAGUCCUCACAGCCACCUACCCCGUGGGACACAUGCCCUAUGGCUGGCUGACAGAACUGCGAGCCAUCUACCCAGCCUUCGACAAGAAUAAUCCCACCAACAAGCUGGCGGGUGGUACUGCUGUGACCAAAUCUCAAAUCAAGAGGUUCACGUUUGCCUGCUUCACGCUGUCCUUAACGCUGUGCUUCAUGGUGUUCUGGAUACCUGGCGUGUCCGAGCGGAUCCUGGUGGACGUAAUAGGGGUGGAUGCCGCGUUCGCACAGCUCUGCAUUGUUCCUCUGCGGGUCUUCUCCUUCUUCCCUGUGCCAGUGACUGUUCGGGCUCAUCUGACAGGCUGGCUGAUGACCCUGAAGAAGACCUUCGUGCUAGCGCCCAGCUCUGCGCUGAGGAUCGCUGUGCUGAUCAUAAGCCUGACUGUGCUUCCCUAUUUGGGGAUCCAUGGUGCUACGCUGGGAGUGGGCUCUCUGCUGGCUGGCUUCCUGGGGGAGGCCACGAUGGUGGCGGUGGCUGCGUGCUAUGUGUACCGAAAACAGAGGAAAAAAUCGGACACGGAGGUGGUCGUGCAGGCAGAAGACGCUGCCCCGAUGACUGAGGUCCCAUCCAGGACUCAACUAGACAGCGUCCAAGAAAUUACAGAGCAAGACAGGCAAGGGGAGGAAGAUGGAGAACGAAUUGAAGGGUGAAAAUCCGAAAAGGUGGCUGGACAGGAUGAAGCGAUCUAAAGUCUUGACAAGGUUUUUGCCUACAACUGAAAUAACGGUGCAAAUAAGGACAGUUUGUUGGACAAUCCACUGUAUCCCACUUCUGACACCAACACAAUACAGGACCACCUGCUGUGGGAUGUGGACAUUGAGACUGAAUUUAUGUACACUAUAUGUCCAAAAGUAUUCAGACACCCUUGUAAUUAGUGAAUUCAGCCACUUGAAGGUGCUGACAUGUUUAUGUGUGCACAAUAGAAAUGCAUUGGAGAUAGAAUGGGACCCUGUGGAGCAGUGGAACUAUGUUCUCUGGAGUGUUGGAGCACAUCGAAUACCUUUUGGAAUGAUCGCCCAACAUCAGUACAUGACCUCACUAAUGCCCUUGUGGUUGAAUAUAAUCAAAUCCUCACAGCAAUGUUCCAAAAUCAAGCUUGAAGCCUUCCCAGAAGAGUAAAGGGGGACAAAAAAAAAGGGGACAAACUCCCCAUUAAUACCCUUCAUUUCAAAAGAAACGUAAGCAAGUCUCUACACCUUUGGACAUGUAGUGUAUCUGCCAUAGCACUUUCUGCACUGAUGGAAACUUUUUUCUUGCACAUACAAGUUCUUGCAAGACUUCCUGCACAGCAGCCGACAAACAAACCUUUGCCAAAGCAGCAGGACUGGUGAACUGGUGGA